AUGGACGAAUUCGGGAUAAUCCUGCUAACCAUCUUCAUGGUCCUGCUCGCCUGUGGGCUGCUGCUGCACAGACCAGUUCGUCUCACCUACAUAUGCGUGCGAGAUCAUUGCAAAUACCACCCCAGGGCAUCGCAAUUUCAAGACGCUCGUCGCAAGCUGAACACAGUAUCUGACUGCACGAGCGCUUGCCCCGAAAAGCAGGACCUCGAGUCGGGCCUCAACCAACACGAUGCGGAGCCGGAAUGGUGA